UUAGUAGAACAACAAUUAACCAAGAAUAACAACAAUACCCUGAUAACGUCCAAUUCCAAUGCUACUAAUAAUAACAACAACAACAACACAACUGGUUUAGUUGUUAAUCCUUCGACAAAUGCUGUUACUGCUACCACUACUAAUACAAAUCUUAACCUAACCACACAAAAUACACCCACAAUACAACGUAUUGGCAGCAUUGGACGCACCACCAUUACUUGCAUUACCCCGGCUGGUGGCGAUGCUACGGCCACUAAUCCUCAAGCUGCUUUGGCUGCCGCUGGUGUUGAAUUGGAUGCAGUGGAUGAUAAUAAUAGCAUGACUGAGGUGGUGGUUAAAAUUGAAAAUUCUGCCACAUCCUCCCAAGACGAAGAUGAAGAAAUGCCCGAUGAGGGCGAUGAUGCGCCCACCACUGAAACCAAUGAAGAGGAAGAGGAAGGUGAUAUGAACUAUGAUGAUAUUAAACUCUCUAGUCCCAUGAUGUGGGCCAUUGAUAGUGUUAAAAUCGAACAGGAAGAAGAAUUUGAAGAUAUUUUAACCGCUGGAUUUGAUAACACCACCACUUCGUUGGACAAUGAUGAUGAGUUCUUACAAACUGUACCUUCUGUUAGUAUGGGCAAUAUGUCCGGCGACAUGGACCUGCAAAAGAAUCGUGUUUUGGUGGCUAAGAAACGUGUCUCGUUGGAAACUCUGAAGUCACUUAAUAAACAUCCGGGUAAAAAUCAAUCUUAUGUAACACAAAUCGAACUGCAAGAUCCUCAAGAGCUGCUGGAGAAACAUCAACAUUUCCAGAAGUUACGUUUGCAGCCCAAUCAACCGGUGCAAAUUAAAUUGCGCUCCAUACCAGCCACCAUAACCAGUAUACAACCCAAAAUGGCGGGCUCAGUAGCUCCGCCACUUGCUCCUCUAUCCACUUUAAAAGCCGGUAUGUCUGACAUGAAACCCGGAUCUUCAAAUUCAAAUGUCGAAUUCAAAUCCACCAUUUCCGAAGAUAGACGCUAUCGCAUGAUUACCCAAAAUCAACGCACCCGUAAAGAAUCUCUAGAACAUUCCGAGGAUAUGAUCUACAAUGCGGACAUUGAAAAACCCUGGGUGUGUCGCAACUGUAAUCGCAAUUACAAAUGGAAGAACAGUCUUAAGUGUCAUUUGAAAAAUGAAUGCGGUCAACCGCCUCGUUAUUUCUGCAGUAAACUGUGUGGUUAUGCCACCAAUGUACACAGUAAUCUCAAACGUCACAUGAAUACCAAAUGUCGUGAACGUACCGAGGAAGAUAAUCAAAUGUUAUUGCAACAGGUACAAGUGCAACAGCCUCAAUUGGUACAUCAAACCAAGUCUUUAACCAACACCACCAAUACCAAUGCAACGAUAACAACCUCAAGUUGUGGCAAUAUCAGUACUCUUUCAGCCGCAGGAACACUUCUACCAGCAGCAACCAAUAAUAAUAAUGGCAUCAAUAGCAUUACAUCGAGCAACAGCAGCAACAACAACAACACCACCACCACUACAUCCACUUAUACUUUGGUCUUUCAGAAGAGCGAAUAGAAAUUGGAAAAUUUGAGGGAGAAAGUUAUACAAUUAUUAUAUGACAAAACUUUAGAGAGCAGUAGUCGUGACAGUUGUUUAGUUCAGGAGGAGUCAUUGGCGGAGGUUAAUGUUAAGAGUAGUAAUGGCGUUACGACACUGAGUAUGUAUGGUCAAACUGAGUAAAUUGUUGUUAAAGUAAAGUUUAAGCAAGAAAUAUGUAGAAGAAGUUUUAAAUAACUUUUUAUCCGCUCUCACUGUGCUCCCUCAAUUAAAGUGAGAAAUUUUCAGUGCAAUUUUUUUUAAAUUGAAGUUUUUUUUUUGUUUUAUGAAAGAAAAUGUGUGAAUUUUAUUUAAAUUUUAAAAUUAUAGGUUUUUUGUUGAAAUUUGUUUUGUUUUUUAUGUUUUUUAUUACAAAAAUUUAUUCAAAAUUCUUAAUGUUUCUUAAUUUUUUAAAAAUAACGGUUAAAAGGUUAACCGUUAAAGCUUGCAUUUGUCUUAUAAGUUAUAAAAGUUUUGUUAUCAUAUGAUUUGUUUCCCGGCAAUUCUAAAUUUUAAACUAUUUUAAUAUGGUUAAUAUAGGUACUACAGAUCCAGGAGGUCUCUGCCUAUACACUAAAAAAGAGUAAUCCGUGUUCGUAUCAAUCCAGAUCAGUUUCGAUUCUACCGCAAGUACGAUAAUAUCCGAAUCAAGUACUAAUCAGUCAAGUACGAAAGACUUUUUGAAAAUUUUAAAUAUUUUUUCUUAGAUUUUCUAAUUGUUAUAAAAAGUAUAACAGUUUUACAUAUUUAGUUGAUCUACAAUUACAUUCUGCAUGUUUGAAAACACAAAUUUCAGAUUACGAAACUGUUAUACAGACAUUUUUAUAAAUUUAAUGAUUUUUAUUAAAGUUCUAAUUCAUGAUAAUUUGAAAUGCUUUCUAAAUGUUAUAAAAAUAUAACACAUAUAGCGUUUUAUAACAGUUUAAAACAUUUAGAUUUACUUAAGUAACUAACUGCUUGUUUGAAGACAAAAAUUUUAUUAUUACAAAACUGUUAUACGGAAAUUUCAUAAUAAAAUUUUGAAUGCUUUCUAUAUGUUAUAAAAAUAUAACACAUAUAACGUUUUAUAACAGUUUUAAACAUUUAGAUUUACUUAAGUAACUA